GCCCGACCCAACCUACACGAUACCAUCGUCUCCCCUUGGCCCUACACUACACCUGACCAUGGCGGCGCGCCGUACAACAGCGACCCCACGCCGCCGGCGCUCGCCUCUCCUUGCCGCUCCUCCCUCUCCCUCUCUCUAGUCUCCCUCCAGUCCUGCGCCGCCCGUGUUCACCGUCACCCAAUCCCUGCUCGGGCUGCCGCGUUCGCCUUCCCUCCCUCCCUGCUCACCACCCGCCCGCGACGACAGUGCCGCCACGCCGGAUUCCUGCUCGCGGCGCCCCGCUGACAAGGAGAAUUAAAUCAUUUUAGGGUUUUCGACAAGAAGAAAGAGGCGUGUUGAUGUCGGCGCAGGAACCUGAUCCUGGGGCAAUGGCGGCCGCGCUUGUCAACAAGAAGCCGGUUCCGGCCCUGGGCCUAGGGACUGAAGGCUGGUCCAAAUGGUCCUCGCUUCAGGACGACCUUGUCCGCCGCAUCGCCGACUCCUUCCUUGCCUCCAACGACCUCGACCACUACAUGUGCCUCCGCGCCGUCUGCCCCAGCUGGCGCUCCGCCACCGACGACCCCAAGGAUAACCCCUCCGACCCCGUUUUCCACCCGCUCCGGUGGAUCAUCCUUGACGAGGUCUUCCAAGGCGACGAUGACAUGUGGAUUCUGUUGAACACAAACACCGGGCGCUUCCUCCACAAAAAGCUGCCCCUGCUCCGUGAAUACUAUGUCGUGGCCACCACCCCCAGCGGAUUCUUCGUCUUGGCAGACAGGGCCCCUCCUCACAGAGCUCGUGUCUUCAACCCUCUCACCGGCUGCUUGACCUGUUUCCCAUGGCCGGUGCCCCUCGAGGCGGGGGUCGCCCAGGUCGGCCGUGAUGACGGCUUGUUCUGCCUCUAUUUUCUUGGUGGCUCGUCUCGCAAAUUUUACACGGCCGUUCCGGAAAUUGAAAGUGUCUUCUCUAGAGACUGUCAGCAAAAAGUUUACAAUACUUUCCGGGAUGUAGUCCUAGCUGGUGCCUACCCACAAUACAUCUCUGCACCGGCGUUGGCUGUUGCAUUUGUUGCGCUAUCCGAUCUUCUGAGUUCUCAUUCUGAUUUUGUCAAGUUUUUAUCGAGUGCUCUUCCUGAAUAUGAUGUAAACAACAUCCGGUUCCGGUGUUAUGUAGUGGGUUUGGCUGCACAAGUUUUUCUGCACGUCGAAAUGGAAGGAAGAAUGCCCAUUGUGUUCAAGAUGAACACCCAGAUAGACAAGAUCGAGCCUGUGGAGAGCGUCGGCACAUUUGCCAUCUUCAUUGGUUACCACAGGUGCGUGACCGUGGAUGCUGAUAAGUUCCCUGGCAUCGAGGCAAACUGCGUCUACUACACACAACACUCGGGUUCAUCGGCUCACAUCUGCAAGUACAACCUCAGGGACAAGAAAGUACAGAGGCUCUCCGAAGUCGCUGAAUUCAUGAAGCAGGAGAAGCAGUUUGUCCUCGUCGCUGCCCGUCCUUUCACGAUCAUCCAGCUUCUCUGCAGCUACACACUCAACCGAAGGGAUUCUGAACUGGCCUUGCAACAAAUGGUACAAGGUGCCGAGCAAUCUUGUUCCAACUUUGUGGAUGGUGAUCUUGAUGGCUGACGGUUACUCUUCAUAUUUCCUCUCUAGUCUUUUAGUUUGUUAGGCCUUGAGAUGUUCUGGCCAAGAAAUAGGCUGAUUCUAGGUCAGAUCACCUGUCCAAUCUGCUGCUUAAUCAGCUCCUGCAUUUGCCUCGUUACUCUAAUUGGGACUUGUUUAUUUUUGCAAUCUCUUGUUUGAAAGAAACGGGUUUAUUAUUUGCUCAUAUGUUGCCCAGGAUUAGAACUUGAUUAGAUUGCCAAACUUUCUUGUACUUGUGUAAUGACCCCUGGUGUCUAUGCUUAACUAGUUGUACUGCUUCCACUUGCA